AUGAAAGGAGAACCGGAUGAUUUGUAUGAAAUGCCUACAAAGCAGAGAUCCCCCUACUCAGUUUUUGCCAGAGAGUUUUUCCGAGACAAUAGGAACGAGUAUCCGAAUUGUGUGGAUCUUGCGAAAGCUCUUGUGAAGGUAUGGAAUGAAAUGGAGGACGAAGAGAAAAGUAUAUAUGCAGAGAGGUGCGAUAGGGGCUUAUCGGACACUAGAGGGCUAGAAGGGGAUGAAGGCAACAUGUCUUGCGAUAAGAAUACCAUAAGCAAGCUAAAAAGGUAUGUCAAAGCAGAAUGUCCGUACAAGUGGGAGUAUUCCGGAUAUCUCUUCUUUGUAAACGAAAUAUUCGAUAUAUGUGGCGACAUGACAGUGUCUCCCGAAGAGAAUGUGUGCAUGUUUGCAGAGAUGUGGGAUUCACUAGACGAUGAGACACAGAAUAAAUACAGAAAUAAGGCUCUGAAUUCAUUGGCGGCAGAGAAGACAAGGAAAAAGUGCACAAGUGAGCCAGAGAGAAAAAAUGCAACGAAAGGCACACGACCCCAGAGGGAUUCGAACCCUCAACCUUCGGCUCCGUAG